AUGGGCGCUGGUUUUGCCACGUGCUGCAACUCGACCUCGGAAUCGGCUGAGUUCAAGGUCAACUCGUCUGCUUUGGGGGGUGAUGGCGUCUCAUCGUCGUCAAAGACAGCUGAGGCGAAGGAAUUCGGUGCUCGGUAUAAUGCAAGAUCCACAGCUAGAAGGAUGCAGAGAUCACCGACAAAGGUCCAAGAGAAGAGUGCAGUCACUGAUCUUCCGAUUUGCCCACUGCAUGGAGUGACCUUGGCAUUCAUGGAGGAGUUUGGCGACACACACAAGUCCAAGGUCAGCCAGGAAAACUUUUCCAUAGGUGGAUUGUGCUUCCACAUCAUCAAGCCACUGACCAUGUUCAAGGGCGGCAAGUUGUGUAUGUCUGUGGAGGAAGCCGAUGAGCUGCUGUCUUACGCCGAGGUCGGCUUCCGGCAGGACUUGAAGGACAAGAAGAAGCAGUCCUGCUUCAUCACGAUGGCACAUCACUUUGUCUCGCAUGCUUGGAGGUAUAACUACUCCACUUUUUUGGAUGCACUUCAAACUUGGGAUUCACGGAAAGGCGGUGGCGUCACGACAUACUUUUGGGUGGACGCUUUCGUGGUCAACCAGCACAUUGCUGAUUCUUAUCCAAUGGAAUGGUGGUCUACACGGUUCGCCCAAGCUGUUGGUGAUGUUGGGAGCACCAUCCUUGUCUCCAUGCCCUGGGAGGACCCCACUCCGUUGAAGCGAGUCUGGGUCAUCUGGGAGAUCUUCUGCGCAUACCAGACGGGCGCCCGAUUCGACAUUGCCAUGCCCAAGAAGGAACUGGAUGGUUUCAGGGCGGCGCUGAUUACAUCCUUCCCCAAAGUGCAGACCGCUUUGAGCAAAGUGGAUGUGGAGCUUAGCAGUGCUUUCCACAAAAGCCACCAGGACAUGGUUCAUGACGAGAUCAGGCGAACAAUAGGAUUCACAAAGCUGAACGAAAUGGUUCAGCUGCGCAUGACACGUUGGCUUAUUGGCAUGGCCACCAGUGAGUUGCAGAGCAUGAAGGAGAAUGCAACUUCCGCAAACUGGAAGGAUCGCAUGGGCCUGCAGGACAAUCUAGCACGUAUGCUCCGAGAAAGCGGAAAUUUUUCGGGCGCCGAAUUUUACUUCAAGGAGCUUUUGGUAGAGGUCGAGCAAAAGCAAGGGAAAGAUCAUGUGAUGGCCAUGAGUGCCUUGAACCAGCUCGCA